CGCGGCUGCUGCUCCCGUCGCAUCCUGCAAGCUGCGGCAGCUGCUCCCGAUGUAGGUGCUACCCUGUGGGACUCUGGCCGUGCGGGCGAGCGAGUAGGACGUGGGGUCGGCGCUCCGAUGUCAUGAUGUCGGGCUAAGGGGCUAGGGAAGGUGGCGCAGGACCGGGGGCGCCCUAUGAGCACCGCGUAUCCGUAACUCCCAAGCGUACACGUUCCCGGGCCUGCGGCUCCCCGGGCACUGAGCGAGAGAGAGAGGGAGAGAGGUCAGAGCCCCUGACCGGGUCCUGAUCGGUCCCUUUCCUCACGCUGGGCGGUGGCGUCAGGCCUCCUCACCUGCUCCUGCCUGUCCUGCUGAGCCUCGGACGCCGCCUCCCGCGACUCUCGCUCCUCAGUGCUCUGCCCAGGCCCAGGGCCAUGUCGUCUCCCUCCGUGGCCCCGCACCUUCCCCUGGUGGCCGUGUGCCAGGUAACGUCCACGCCGGACAAGCAGCAGAACCUGCAAGCGUGUGCCCGGCUGGUCCGAGAAGCCGCCAGACUGGGCGCCUGCCUGGCUUUCCUGCCUGAGGCUUUUGACUUCAUUGCCCGCAACCCAGAGGACACUCUGGGCCUGUCGGAACCUUUGGACGGGCACCUUUUGGGAGAGUACUCGCAGUUGGCCAGGGAAUGUGGACUCUGGCUGUCCUUGGGCGGCUUCCAUGAGCGGGGCCCAGACUGGGAGCAGAGUCGGAAGAUCUUCAACUGUCACGUGCUUCUGGACAGCCAGGGGUCGGUGGUCGCCACAUAUCGGAAGACUCACCUGUGUGAUGUGGAAGUGCCAGGACAGGGACCCAUGCGUGAGAGCAGCUCCACCAUACCCGGGCCCAGACUGGAAACCCCCGUUAGCACUCCUGCUGGCAAGCUCGGGCUGGCUGUGUGCUACGACAUGCGUUUCCCUGAGCUCUCACUGGCACUGGCUCAGGCAGGGGCAGAAAUUCUCACCUACCCUUCUGCCUUCGGUUCAGUCACAGGCCCAGCCCACUGGGAGGUGCUGCUGCGGGCCCGUGCCAUCGAGACCCAGUGCUAUGUUGUGGCAGCUGCACAGUGUGGACGUCACCACGAGAACAGAAUGAGUUACGGCCACAGCAUGGUGGUGGACCCCUGGGGCACAGUGGUGGCACAGUGCUCAGAGGGCCCUGGCAUCUGCCUGGCCCACAUCAACCUAGGCUAUCUGCACCAGCUGCGUCGGCACCUGCCUGUGAUCCAGCACCGCAGGCCAGACCUUUACAGCAACCUGGCUCAGCCGUCAGCUUAGGACUCAGCCUGGUCGGGGUGACCCAAUCUGCAGGCCUCAUGCUGGGGGGUUGGUGGGGGUUAGCU